CAUCUAUCAAAAAUGGGGCCUGUGACUAACACCACCCACGCUCCCUUCUACUUCAUCCUCACGGGCAUUCCUGGAUUUGAAGCUUCUCACAUAUGGAUCUCCAUCCCCUUCUUCUGUCUCUACGCCAUCUCCAUCAUGGGAAACACUACCAUUCUUGCUGUCAUCUGCAUAGAGCCGUCUCUGCGCCAGCCCAUGUACCUGUUCCUCUCCAUGCUGGCUCUGACUGACCUGGGCCUCACACUCACCACUCUGCCCACAGUCAUGCAGCUCUUCUGGUUCAACAUUCAAAAAAUCAGAUUUGAGGCCUGCUUUGCACAGUUCUUCUUCCUCCAUGGAUUCUCCUUUAUGGAAUCUUCCGUCCUGCUGGCCAUGUCCUUUGACCGUUAUGUGGCCAUCUGCCGCCCCCUCCAUUAUGCCUCCAUCCUCACCAGUGAGGUCAUUUGUAGAAUUGGGUUAGCCAUUAUUUGCCGCUGUGUCCUGGCUGUUCUUCCCUCACUUUUCCUACUCAAGCGCCUGCCCUUCUGCCGCUCCCACUUACUCUCUCACUCCUACUGCCUCCACCAGGAUAUGAUUCACCUGGUCUGUGCUGACAUCCGAGUCAACGCCUGGUAUGGAUUUGCCCUGGUCCUGCUCAUUAUUGUAAUGGACCCUCUGCUCAUUGUACUCUCCUAUGUACUCAUCUUGAAAAAUGUCUUGAGCACAGCCACCCGGACUGAGCGAUUUCGUGCCCUCAAUAACUGUCUUUCUCACUUUCUGGCUGUUCUGGUCCUUUAUGUCCCCAUGGUUGGUGUAUCUAUGACUCACCGCUUUGCCAAACAUGCCUCUCCACUGGUCCAUGUUAUCAUGGCCAAUAUCUACCUGCUGGCCCCACCUGUGAUGAAUCCUAUCAUUUACAGUGCAAAGACUAAGCAGAUCCRUCAGGGAAUUACUCGCCUCCUAUUUCAGAGGAAAAUGCACUAA